AUGGCGACGCACUCAAUCAUCUCUCCCGGAAUUCUUUAUUUUGGAACACCAGUUGUGCUUAUUACCUCCCAAAACGAAGAUGGACCGGACAAUAUUUGUGCUAUUUCAUCGGUGUUUUGGCUUGGUCACCGCUGCAUUCUCGGAUUCGGCGCUGGGAGUAAAACGCCACAAAAUAUCCUUAGAACAGGCCAAUGCGUGGUGAAUCUCCCUGAUGACAGCAUGGCUCGCCAUAUCAAUCUAUUAGCCACUACAACUGGCUCGAAAAACGUAUCAGCUUCGAAGCUCGAGAGAAACUAUCGCUAUGUUAAGGACAAAUGGAGGGUAGCCGAGCUAACGCCUCAAACUUCCGAUCUUGUUCGCCCAGCACGUAUUCUAGAGUGCCCAGUUCAGAUGGAAUGCGAACUAGCCAAAAGCCAUACGUUAAUGGAUGAUUUUCCCGAUCUCAAGGGCGCAGUUGUGGCUAUUGAGCUCAAGGUUCUCCGAACCCACAUUUUGGAUCACCUUCGGAUGCCAGGGCAUCCCAAUCGAAUUAAUCCGGACCGUUUGAGACCCAUUUUCAUGUGUUUCCAGGAGUUUUACGGAUUUAGAGAUGGAAAAGUAGCGGAGAGCGCGUUAGGUAAGAUUGAUGAAGAAAAGUAUCGAAGGCUCACACGAAGUAGUGUAGUUGCGCUUCCUGGAGAUAGAGAUAAGGAGAUGGUCGAACAAAAAUGGGAAAAGAUGGAUACAAACCAAUGUUAA